AUUGGUUGAUUGCACGCACUCUCAGUUGACUCUCAAUUGACUCUCAGAUCAGUCUAUGAGAGAGUGUUUGACAACUCAUGUCAUUUGAGUUGACGUUUCCAUCGAAUCAUUGACUGAUUAACUGAUCCAUCGAUUCAUUGAACAACUGUUUAAACAACUUUCGGUCAAAUGGGCAGUAAUUGUAGUAAUAAGACAACGGAUCCGUUAGAUGUGAUAAAAGCAUUGAGACAACAGUCGAACGAUAUCUCAAAUGCCGAUCAACACAACGUCUUCUUCGUGUUCGGCGCUUCGGGCGAUUUAGCAAAAAAGAAAAUAUAUCCGACUCUAUGGGCUCUGUUCAGAGACCGACUGAUUCCUCGAAGAACUGUUAUUAUUGGUUACGCGAGAACUAAACUAACGGUCGAAGACUUGAAGACAAAUAUUUCGAAAUAUAUUCAAAUCAAAGACGAAAACGAAAAUCAAAAGUUCGAAAGAUUUUUGAAUCAAAAUCAUUAUAUAAAUGGAAAUUACGAUAAAACACAAGAUUUCUGUCGACUCAACGAUUUUGCCGAACAAUUCGAGACCACUUUCGCGACGGCUAACCGACUCUUCUAUUUGGCUCUUCCGCCCAAUGUGUUUGCACCCGUCACCAAACUGAUCCGCGAGACUUGCAUGUCAACAAAAGGUUGGAAUCGCGUGAUAAUAGAGAAGCCUUUUGGACACGAUUUUGAGUCUUCGGCCGAAUUGUCGCGUCAUUUAUCGGAUUUGUUUAAAGAGAACGAAAUCUAUAGAAUCGAUCACUACUUGGGCAAAGAAAUGGUUCAAAACCUCAUGAUUUUGAGAUUCGGAAAUCGCAUUUUCAACCCGAUUUGGAACCGCGAUAACGUGGCCUCAAUUCAGAUCACUUUCAAAGAACCGUUCGGAACUCAAGGUCGCGGCGGAUAUUUCGACUCUUUUGGUAUAAUUCGAGAUAUAAUGCAAAACCAUUUGUUGCAAAUCCUGUGUUUGGUUGCGAUGGAAAAACCCGUUUCUUCCAAACCCGAAGACAUUCGCGACGAAAAGGUCAAAGUCCUGAAAUGCACGCAAACUCUGACUUUGGAUGACAUUGUUUUGGGACAAUAUAUUGGCGACAAAACGGCCGACGGCGACGCCAAAUACGGCUAUCUGGACGACCCGACCGUUCCUUCGGGAUCAACAACACCGACAUUUGCUUUGGCGUUGUGUCGAAUUCGGAACGAGAGAUGGGAUGGGGUUCCCUUCUUCUUGAGAUGCGGAAAAGCAACGAAUGAACGAAAAGCCGAAAUUCGGAUUCAGUUUCGAGAUGUGGCCGCAGAUAUCUUCAGCGGACAAUGCAAACGCAACGAACUCGUGAUUCGGGUUCAGCCCGGAGAAGCAGUUUACGUCAAGUUCAUGACUAAAGCUCCGGGAAUGUCAUUCAAGUUGGAGGAAACGGAACUCGAUUUGACCUAUACUUCCAGAUAUAAGAGCUCAGAAACACUUCAAAACUCAAACGAAGCCAUUUUGCCGGAUGCCUACGAACGCCUGAUUAUGGACGUGUUCGCCGGAUCUCCGGCCAAUUUCGUUCGUUCGGAUGAAUUGGCGGAGGCGUGGCGUGUCUUCACUCCAGUUUUACAUCAAAUAGAAAAAGAAAAAGUCCAACCCUUGCCUUACGUUUACGGUUCUCGAUGUCCCAAACAAGCCGACGACUUUUGUAUUGCUCAUGGAUUCAAGUUUUACGGGACUUACAAGUGGACAGAUCCCAACGAAAAGACAACAAAUAAAUAAAGAGUUUUUGAAAUU